GAUUACGACAGGGUAUUUAGUUCUAUGGGUAUCCCGGCUUGUCUAUGGCGAAGGACCGGUGAAAUAUAUAAAGGAAACAAGGAAUUUGCCUUUCUCAUUGGAGUUCCAGUGGAUAUGUUAAGAGAAG